AUGGCUCGUCGUUAUGAUACGAGAACUACAAUCUUUUCGCCGGAAGGUAGAUUAUACCAAGUUGAAUAUGCCAUGGAAGCUAUCAGCCAUGCUGGAACUUCACUCGGUAUUUUAGCCACUGAUGGAAUUCUGUUAGCAGCAGAAAGAAGAAACACAAAUAAACUUCUAGAUGAAGUGUUCUUUUCUGAAAAAAUUUAUAAACUGAAUGAUGACAUGGUCUGCUCUGUCGCCGGUAUCACUUCUGACGCGAAUGUCCUAACUAAUGAACUGCGUCUGAUUGCUCAGAGAUAUCUCUUGCAAUACGGUGAAUCUAUACCAUGUGAGCAAUUGGUUUCAUGGCUCUGUGAUGUUAAACAAGCAUACACACAGUAUGGAGGUAAAAGACCAUUUGGUGUAUCAAUCUUAUAUAUGGGUUGGGACAAGCACUAUGGUUAUCAACUAUACCAGUCUGAUCCCAGCGGCAACUAUGGAGGGUGGAAGGCCACUUGUAUCGGCAAUAAUAGUGCUGCUGCUGUAUCAAGUCUUAAGCAGGAAUAUAAGGAAAAUGAAACAACUCUGGCUGAAGCUCAGGCUCUAGCUAUUAAAGUUCUCAGCAAGACAUUGGACAUGACAAAACUAUCGCCAGAAAAAGUUGAAAUGGCUACACUUACGCGCAAAGACAAUAAAACGAUAAUAAGAAUUCUUACAAGUGCUGAAGUUGAAAAACUCAUUCAGGACUUUGAGAAGAGUGAAGCCGAAGCCGAAGCUGCCAAGAAACAGCCUCCAAAGUCGUAA